AUGAAUAUACCCGAGCAAGGGCACAAAACUCCACAUACUGUCUCUCUGAUUGUUGAGGAUGGGAAGGAAUUCAAGACGCUUUCACAUAUUCUUUCCGCAGCAAGUCCCUUCUUUGAAAAACUUCUCUCCAGCAACAUGAAAGAGAAUCAGGAGGGGGUUAUUCGAUUGGAGGUCUUCACGGAGUCGCUGAUGAAAGAUGUUCUCGAGUUUAUUCACACUGGUAACGUUCGGAUUUCAACUCGUGAAAAUGCCGAGGAGCUCAUUGCAGCAGCGGAUUACCUAUGUCUCUCCAAGCUCAAGUCGUUCGCUGGGAAGUUUAUCGAGCAGACCAUGUCCUCUUCAAACUGCGUUUCAGCUUACUUCAUGGCGGAAAAAUUCGAUCAUUCCGAGCUGUUAGACAGCGUGCGGAAGUUCAUCUUAUUAAAUUUUGCCAACGUCGCACAAACAGAAAACUUCCCACGUUUACCGAGUCACGAAGUUGAACAGUUGGUGUCCAGCGACGAUAUUGUUAUCAAUUCAGAGGAAGACGUUUUCAAUGCAAUUUUCAAGUGGACCCUUCACAAGAAAAGUGAAAGAAGCAAAGAAUUCUGUAAACUCUUCAGUCACGUUCGAUUGACCUUUCUGUCGCGUGACUUUUUACUGAAGGAUGUCGUGACAAACGAAAUUGUGACAGAAAAUGAAGACUGUAUUGAUCGCGUGAACAGUGCGUUAGUUUGGAUGAAUCGAAAAACCGACUGCGACCUUUCCCGGCCGUAUUCUCCAAGGAAGGCAAUGGAGACAUGUGUCAUUGCAAUAUGGGGAGAGGAUAAGACAUUCCGCCCUCUUUUCUAUGUUCCUGAAAAUAAUGAUUUUUAUCAGCUACCGGGUAUGGCCGAACCGGACUGUGUACCACAGCAUGUCUUCUCGUGCCGAGGGAAACUAUUCUUUGUUGCCCAGGAAGUAAAUAAAUCGCAAUAUUAUGACCCAGACUCCAACGGCUGGCGUCCAGCACCAUGGACGAAGACCGAUUCAAAACCAAAUUGGUGCAAAACUAACCGUCGAGAGAUAGGCAAACUAUUUCUUCGCGCAGUGUUAGUUGUCGAAAACGAAAUUUGUUUUAUUGAAGAAAAUCUACAAAUUUAUUCAAGCUGUCUCUGCCAAUUUAACUUGGACAAGAAAUCCACGACUCGCUCGAAGGACUGGUUAAAAACAAUAAGGACUUGUCUCGUUACUUUGGGCCAGUACAUCUACGUCAUAGGAGGGACAAAAUCCGACGUAAAUAUCGUCCCCCAUUGCUCUAGGUAUGACAUCGUGAAAAAAAAAUGGCAGAAAUUGGCAAACUUACGCUUUGCAAGAUUUAGAGCCCUUGGAAUUGGAACACAAGAAAAGAUUUACGUCGCUGGAGGAUGGCUCGACUUCGGCGGUGAGAUUACCAACACGUGUGAGGUUUACAGUGUAUUGACUGAUGAGUGGCAUUUAAUUGGUCGUUUAACAGUUCCCCGGGACAUUGGAAACAUGCUAUCGAUCGAUGAAUCUUUGUACGUAUUGGGUGGAGUUUGCCAUCCCGUUCUUGGAAAGAUAUGGUCAGUUGAAAGCUACGAACACGAAAAAGAUGAGUGGAAAGAAAACCGACAUUUCCUUGACAUUCAAAAAAUCAUGACGUUCACAGCGUGUACCCUUAGACUGUUGAAAGACGUGUCAGUCAAGCUGAAGCACCAUGGCAACUGUUCAUCGAUAUCAAAGCCUCAUGCAUUGGUAUGAUAUCCAUAUGUUAGACCCCAUUUUGUUGGGGUUGAGUGCCAAGGAAAUUUUCUGGUCGUGUCCAUGGAAACUGUUGGGUUUCACUAAGUAGGUCAGUCAGGAGCACAUACUCUUCCAUUCCAUUCUACAUCCUGUAUUUCUUCAAUGAUCACCCAUGUAACAAUCCAGUACAAUCACGUUACUUGAUUACAGUCCUUUUACAUCAUUCAAUAGUCUUACAGUGAUUUCACUAAUGUUGCUAUAGUACUCAAUACACUACAGAAUAGUUUAAAGAAACAGCCACCUUUCCACACAAAAUAUAUAGCCGGUUACGUAGAAUAGUCCAUUUUACAGUUACGUGCUUGGUUGCCAAGCCUUUGAACAGGAGUGAGGCAAAUGUGGCCUUGUUAUGAUACAAACGUUGCUCUUUUUCAAAUGUAAAUUACUUUGUUAUUAUGUUAACUAGAUACUGGUCUAUAUCACAACAAUUGCUCUGACGAAGGGCUAACGCUCGAAACGUCAGCUUUUUUACUCUUUACGGUGGCCAAUUUACGUUUUCAACCUAGUUGUUAACACUAAAUUACCUGCUAUACUCUGCCACCGACGCAGCACCACAGUUUCUUCACUAACCUCCUUUAUUCAUCUAUCACAGUAAGGUCACCUUCAGCCUCACUCCAAAUCAAAGGCUUGGCAACUAAGUACACAACUGUAAAAUGGCCCAUUGAAUGGCAGAUUUUCGGUGAAUAAAAAAUGUCUGCCGUUAUGGCCUCGAACAUGCAUGUAACAGUAAUUCCAAUCUGUUUUAUAACUCAAACUUUAACAUAUUCUUAACCAAAGAAACGUUCAUUUUAGAAUGAGUGAUUGGGGCCUCCUAUUAAUGAAACCCAGUUGGUCGGCGGCUAAUUUGAAGAAGGCACUAAGAACGUCAGAACAACACAGCCUGUAUUUCAUGUAGAUAUAAAUUGCAACAUUAGAAAGAGAAACAAGAACAUGUCUUUCAAUAGAGACACAACAAUUUCUUGGCGUUGCACGCAUUUGCUUUCACUUUGCUUCAACUGAUGUAACUUAUUAGUGUCCUGCUGGUAAGAAGUUUAUUCUUCCACUUUUUAGCCCACAAUAGUCCUUGGGAUCUUUAGUCAAGGGGAUGCAAGUGCGAAAUGAGCGCUUAGGGCGCGUCACGCGGAAAGAAAUUAACGGUAUUCCGCCUAAGCGGGACCUAUCCUUCGCGCUUAUCGCGUGCUCGAUAUAUUCCAUAACAAGCAGAUAAUCGCAUGUCUGUGAAUACCCAGGGGCUAGUAAUGGUAAAAUCUGUGGACGAUUUUCAUAAUUAGUCACCAGUAAUUUUCAUUUGCGUUUGAAAGGCACGUGGAAAGCAUUUGAAUAGUAUGUGUAAAUAUCGUCCCUUUCGAACAGUGUUUUCUCAUGCUUUUCAAUUAGUUCUUGAGGCAGACAACUGAGAACUUGCCCUCAUGCCUUGGCGUUGGAGUCUUGACGGCGAUUUGUGAAUGAUCCGACCCCAAAUUCUUAACAGUCGAGCAUCCAGCGGAUUCCUUGACUCGUCCCCAGUAGUCAAAAUGGGUGCAACCAAUGUGAGUGGGAUAGAAGGAAGAAGUGUGAUGGGUAAGGAAAAAACGAGAGAGGAAGUUCUCCUCCUUCCUGUCACUCCUUUUUACCCCAUUUCAGCGCCGCGCAUAUUUUGAAAACGACUGGGGACGAGUCGAAAAAUCACCAAAUAUCAUAUUGCACUGUCGCUGUCUGAAGUAGUCUUAUGAUCGCCACAGCCCUCUUUCGUAAAAAAAAAAAACGUUAACACAGCGACUGUCCAUUGUUUUGAGAGCUUAAACAUAUCCCGAUAAACUUUGCUGUUAGGUUCGCCAAGUCUUAACUCUUUCCACAACUCCUAAACGAGCUGACAGCUGAAGAUGAAUUUGUCCGAUCAAGCCGAGUCUGAAUUGCCUAAAACUGUGUCUCUGAUUGUUCAGGAUGGGAAGGAAUUGAAGACACUUAGACAUGUUCUUUCUCAAGCAAGUCCCUUCUUUGAAAAACUCCUCACCAGCAACAUGAAAGAGAAUAACGAAGGAGUAGUUCGAUUGGAAGUCUUUAAUGAAUCGCUGAUGAAAGAUGUUCUCGAGUUUAUUCACACUGGUAACGUUCAGAUUUCGACUCGUGAAAAUGCCGAGGAGCUCAUUGCGGCAGCGGAUUACAUGUGUCUAUCCAAGCUCAAGUCGUUCGCUGGGAAGUUUAUCGAGCAGACCAUGUCCUCUUCAAACUGCGUUUCAACUUAUUUCAUGGCAGAAAAAUUCGAUCAUUCCGAGCUGUUAGACAGCUCGCGGAAGUUUAUGCUAUCAAAAUUUGUCAACGUCGCACAAACAGGAAAUUUCCUACACUUACCGAGGCAUGAAGUUGAACAAUUGGUUUCCAGCGACGAUGUAGUUAUCAAGUCAGAGGAAGACGUUUUUAAGGCAAUAUUAAGGUGGACCCUUCACAAGAAAAGUGAAAGAAGCAAAGAAUUCUGUAAACUCUUCUGUCACGUUCGAUUAACAUUUCUGUCGCGUGACUUUUUACAGAAUGAUGUCGUGACAAACGAACUUGUGACAGAAAAUGAAGAUUGUAUCAGUAGCGCGACUAACGCUUUAGCUUGGAUAGAUCGUGCUGGUGACGAUGACCUUUCAAGACCGUUUUCUCCACGAAAGGCUCUUGAGAAAAGUGUCAUCGCAAUUUACAGAAAGGAUAAGCCUUUUAAGAACCCUCUCUUUUACCUUCCCAAAAAGAAUGAUAUUUAUCACUUGCAGGGCAUGGCCAAAACGAACUGUGAACCGGAACAUGUCUUCUCAUGCCGUGGGAAACUGUUUUUCGUUUCCAAAGAAGUGGAUGAAUCACAAUAUUAUGACCCAGACUUCAACUGCUGGCGUGCAGCACCCUGGACGAAAACAGAUUCAGAAAUAAACUGGCUGCACUGGCGAGCAAUGGGUAUACGACAUCGUCGCAAAGUAGUAGUCGUUCAGAACGAAAUUUGCUUCAUAGAAGAAGAUCUAGAGGAAGACUCAAGCUGUCUCUGGAAAUUCAACCUGGACACGAAUUCCACGAGUUGCUCGAAAGACUGGCUGGAAAGAACAAGAAUUUGUGCCGUAACUGUGGGGAAGUACAUUUAUGCUAUCGGUGGGGUUAGAGACAUAAAUAUUAUUAAACAAUGCUCGAAGUUUGACAUCGCGGAAAACAAAUGGGAGAAGUUAGCGGAUUUAAACCUGACGAGGUAUGAUGCCCUUGGAGUUGGAACAGAAGAAAAGAUUUACGUCGCUGGAGGGUGGCUGGACUUUGAUGAGAUUACCAACACGUGUGAAGUUUACAAUAAGUCCACAGAUGAGUGGAACUUGAUGUGUCGUUUAACAGUUUCCCGGCCUUUUGGAAACUUGGUGUUAGUUGGUAAUUCUUUGUACGCGGUGGGUGGUGCUGUACAUGAUUUAUCUAGAAAGAUAUGGUCAGUUGAGAAAUACGACUAUGAAAAAGAUGAGUGGGAAGAAAAGAAAUGUACCCUCUGCGUUGAAAACAUUUCGCCGUACCAAGCCUCUUCCUUUACACUUUUGAAAGAGGAGUCAGUCAAGUUGAAACGUUACAAAGGUAUCUUUCGCUGA